AGAUUCUGGUAGGUGAAGUGUUUUCAUCCCAGGAUUUUCUUUGCUUUUCCAGCUAUACUUUACGUUCCCCAGUCUUAUUCUCAAGGGAGAAAGGAAGCAGCCACUUCCCAAGAUGUGGGCCUCUGUGAGCCUUCUCCUGAUUUCAUCUCUCCUCACGGGAAAGCUGCUGGCUGAACGCUGCCCACGGAUCUGCAUCUGCGAUAGCAUCAAGUAUCAAGUUGUGUGCUUGAAGAAGAACCUCACCGAGGUGCCUGUUAACAUCCCACAGGUCACUCAAAGAUUGGACAUACGAGGUAAUGAAAUCAAAGUCAUCCCUGCGGGAGCUUUCUUCCCUAUUCCAUACCUCACCCACUUGAACCUUCAGAGAUGCAAAGUAGAAAACAUUGAUGAAGGGGCCUUCAGAGGAUUAGGACGGCUGGUCUACCUCAACCUGGCUUCCAAUAAUAUAGCUUUCAUCUAUCAAGAGUCUUUCGAUGGCCUGUCUUCUCUCCAGCAACUUAUUUUAGAAAACAAUCGCAUUGAAGAAAUAAAGCCAGGGGCUUUUGGACAACUGGGCUUCCUCAGCUUUCUUAACCUGGCCAGAAACUCCCUGGUUUACUUACCAGAUAUGGUCUUCCAGGGACUUCAGCUGAUCAAAUGGAUCAAUUUGUCCCAUAAUUUGCUCCAUGUACUUGCUAAUGAAGCCUUUGGUGGAUUACCGACCCUUAGAAGGUUGAGCCUAGAUCACAAUGAGCUGCAGUUCCUUCCAACUGAAUCACUGUCUAGACUAUCUGGCACAAACCGCCUGGACUUUGGACACAAUCCCAUUGCCUAUAUUGGGGAGGAGGCCAUUGAGAUGGCUUCCCUGAAACAGCUCUUCUUGGACAACAUGGCCCUUCAAGACAUUUCAUACAGAGCUUUCAUAAAGAGCCCCGUACUACAUACACUCAGCCUGAACAACAACCAGCUGUUUGUGCUGCAACCACUAACAGGAAUGACCCACCUUAAAAAAAUCAACUUAACAGGGAACCCUGUGCUUUGCACUUGCUACAUGCGCCCCUUCAAAGAGUGGGCUGCAAAAGCAAGAAUCCAUGCUGACGUGGUGUGUGCUGGCCCUGUUGCUUUCAGGGGAGAGCACCUAGAAUCCCUGAGGACAUCAGAUAUGAAGUGUACAGAUCAUGCUUUAGAAGAGAAGUUGCUUCCCAGCAUGGCCACGGUCACCAGGGAACCAGAGGAGGCUGCAAUAAAGUGCCCAGAAGGAUGCAACUGUUCACCCGAUUACCAGCAUGGAAACUGUGACAGCAGAAAUCUCAAGAGCAUUCCCAAGGGAUUUCCUAGUAACACCCAACUCCUGAACUUGAGGCACAAUGAGUUCCGGUCCAUACCAAAAGGCUCCUUCCCUGGCUUGAAAAACCUGACAUCACUCCACUUGCAGAACUGCAAGAUAGCUGAACUGCAGCCUGGUGCUUUCCAGGACCUGAAAAAAUUAGUCUAUCUUUACCUGUCCAACAAUGACAUCUCUUCUAUAGAUGCUGAAGUUUUCAAAGGGAUCACCCAGCUUGCCUAUCUCUACCUGGACCACAAUGGAUUCAUCCACAUGCCCAAAGGGGCCUUCAGUCUCUUGCCUAACCUCUUCGCCCUCCAUUUACAACACAACCGCAUCGGUCAGCUGCCAGAUAAUGCUCUGGCUGGGAUGGAGAAGUUACGCUGGCUCUAUCUAACAGGAAACCACAUUGCCCAGGUGUCUCUUAAGGCUUUGAGUCAUGCCAAGAUGCUGGAGAAACUGCACCUAGAUGAGAAUUCUUUGCAGGAAGUUCCCACCAGGUCCCUCAGAGGUUUGUCCAUGCUUAGUGAACUGAAGUUGUCCAAGAAUCCCAUAAAGUACAUUGGGAAUGGUGCCUUCCUUCCAGUGGCAAGAUCCCUACAGCACCUGUACCUAAAUAAUAUGGGGCUAGAACAGAUUUCUCCUGGUACCUUCGCUGGCUUGGGUCGAAAGAUAAAGAGUCUGUACCUGGAGAAAAACAAAAUGCACAGCUUGCCUGACUUACAUGGUUUUACAGCUCUAGAAGUCAUCAACCUGAGUGAUGUACCUUUCAACUGCAGCUGUCAACUUCUCUUGCUGCGCAAGUGGCUUGACAAGCUGAACCUGAAAGUAGGAGCCACCUGUGGCUUGCCAGCGGAUGUACGUGGCCAAAAGGUGAAGCUCACAACUGCCUUCCAAAACUGCCCAGGGUGGAUUACCAAGAAGGCCAAACGAACCAGCUCAACUAAAGCCAAAACUGGAAGAAACUCCAAUAAGACCCAGCGAACAGGAAACAUGCAAGUUAGGAGAAGCAGGAAACGCAAGGCUUGAAAAGAGGGAAGCAAGGCUACUGCAAGAACCAUGGUUCUCAUCUUCUCCGCUAUUAGAAAAGCAGGGCUAGAGAGAGAAAAAGAGCGUAUCCAUUGGUAGAUGCAUUUAUGGCCUGUAAAUCUAUAUCACUACAGUAAGUGCAUUUUCAGUGGAAGAAAGCAGACCCGAUUUUACCAAAAGACAAGUGAUCUCAGGAUGUUAGAAGAUGCGGUCAGCA